GAGAGGUUGCUGAAACCACUGAACCACUCUGUGCGACACAGCCAAUGCAGUUCUACUGGAUCUCUAAAUUCAUUGUCGGGGGGUGAACUCCUGAGGAGCGGAUGAAGAAACAAAUUUUGCUUUUAUUCACAUUCAGAGGACUAGUGAGUAAAGGGAAAAAGGGGAAAAAGAGAAAAUGGCCAGUUUUAUAUUACGGACAGCUGAACCCAAGGAUGUGUCUGAUAUCCUGCGACUCAUAAAGGAACUUGCUAAAUUUGAAGAGAUGGAGGAGAAGGUCAUGCUGACUGAGAAAGAGCUACUUGAAGACGGCUUUGGGGAUCAUCCAUUCUACCACUGCUUGGUUGCGGAAGUCCCAAAAGAGCAGAGCUCUAAUGGGUACACUGUGGUUGCUUUUGCCAUGUACUACUUCACAUAUGACCCUUGGAUUGGAAAGCUCCUGUAUUUGGAAGACUUCUUCGUCAUGCAGGAGUUUCGUGGUCUUGGCAUUGGUUCACAGAUCCUGAAGGUUCUGAGUGAGACGGCGGUGAGGACUCGCUGCAGUAGCAUGCACUUCAUCGUAGCAGAAAACAACACAAAGUCUAUAGAGUUCUACAAGCGAAGAGGAGCAGCUGAUCUCUCCUCCGAGGAGGGCUGGCGUCUUUUUGAGAUUGAAAAGCAAGAUCUGCUGAAAAUGUCUGCCAAAUAGAGUUUACUGAUAAUUGACCUGUACAGACUGCUGGUGAUAGCAACAAUCCUGUUUUGCUUGGUCAGUGAUUUGGCGCAGUCUGAAUACAUUUGUGUUUACCAAUCAACUGUUACCUUUGAUAAUAAACUGCUUUUGCUCAUUUCAGUCUAAAAUUUAAAUCUCUGCUGAUUAGUAAAUGAACUUCAGGAAUAACUAAACUAAAGUUAACUAUACUGCUGGCAGAUAUUGGGGCUGUAAAUGUAAAAUUCUCCAAAGAUUUGAGAAAAGUUACAAAAAAAUCUAAACUAUUCCCAUCUUAUAAAUCAUCACAUAACCAUUUACUGAAUCCUGACAUUGGAAUAAUUAUUUGCAGAAAGGUUGUUUUUGUUUCAUAUACAUGUUUUUACUGUCAUUACAAUAAAUCCAUUUUAAAAUGAA